UCAGUCGCACACCAAACACGAUGAGGGUGGCACGCGGCCGCGUCGCUCCGGACACUCUACGUACGUGCGCCGCGACGUAAACAUUGACUUGUGAAGUGACAUGUUAUUGGUGACUUUAUAAAACUCUGACAAUUAGUGACCGUUUUCAACUAACGUUACGACAUAGACAAAUGUGUGUAGAAAAUGUUUCAACUGCUGACUCUUUUGUUUGUGACUUUUGGUGUCAACGCGGCUUAUGCUCCAGGCGUGGAUAAUUGCAGCCGCCCAUCCAAAGGUGACGAAAGCACCCUGUGCCGGGUGCGAACGCUCGACGCCGAUGGAUCCAGUUUAGCAUCUGCACCUUCGGAGAAUACCAAACGGCUCACUGUCGAAUGCAACCAGCUGCUAUUGUUCGAAAGUUAUCUCGAAGCGAACUACUUCCAAAGAUUUUCAGCGCUCGCCGAACUAACACUUCAGAACUGCAAACUACUCAGGAUACCGGGUAACGCGUUCGAAGGAUUACGUGAACUGAAAAAGUUGUCGAUACGUUCAAAAAACUACGAUUGGAGCACGAAUAAAAACUUGGAGCUCUCGCUCGGCACCUUCAACGGACUACGAGAACUGCAAUCUCUCGACCUAGGAAAAAACAAUUUGAAAGUUAUACCAUCCGAUGUUUUCUGCCCGUUAGAGAAUUUACAAGUAUUGAACGUGACACAAAACCGGAUAAAAAGCGUCGACCGUCUCGGUUUUGGGAAAUCUUGCGGAUCGAGUUUAAGAAGUUUGGACUUGAGCUACAAUGAACUCAAAUCGCUGUCGGAGGACUCGGAAAUAACAGGACUGAAAAGGCUACAAGAGUUAAAGUUGCAGAACAACAACAUAACCGACAUUUCAGGUGAAACGUUUAACGGACUCAUUUCGUUACGUAUACUAAACAUUUCCUACAACAACCUACAGUUCAUACCUGAGGGCACAUUUGCCAGCACGAAAGAGUUACGAGAGGUGUAUUUGAAUAAUAACCUAUUAUUUGAGCUGGCCAGAGGCGUAUUCCACCGAUUAGAACAGCUGCUUGUCUUAGAUUUAUCGAAUAAUCAGCUCUCUAGUGCGCACAUAGACGGCGGUACUUUUAUUGGCCUUAUACGCUUAGUCAUAUUGAAUUUAUCCAAUAACGCGUUGACGAGGAUCGACGGUAAGACGUUCAAAGAUUUGUUCUUUCUGCAGAUUUUAGAUUUAAGAAAUAAUUCCAUCGGCUACAUUGAAGAGAACACAUUCCUUCCUUUGUAUAAUCUUCACACGUUGAAUUUAGCUGAGAACCGAUUGCAUACUAUAGACGAGUUCCUAUUUAAUGGAUUGUUUGUACUUAGCAAAUUAAAUUUAAAUAAUAAUCUAUUAAUAAAUAUAGAUAUAAAAGCUUUUAAGAAUUGUUCAGAUUUAAAAGAAUUAGAUUUGAGUUCGAACCAACUUACUGAAGUGCCGUCAGCUGUUUGGGAGUUGUCUUUGUUAAAAACUUUGGAUCUCGGCGAAAAUCAAAUAACUGAUAUCAAAAAUGGAUCGUUCAAAAACUUGGACCAGCUAACUGGUUUGAGAUUAAUAGACAAUCAAAUCGGUAAUUUGACCGCCGGCAUGUUUUGGGAAUUACCGAGCUUACAAGUAUUAAAUUUAGCGAAGAAUAAAAUACAAGCCGUGGAACUCGGCAGCUUCUCGAGAAACCAGCAAUUAGAAGCCAUAAGAUUAGACGGUAAUUUUAUAUCGGAUAUCAACGGAGUUUUCUCGAGAUUAUUAAGUUUGUUAUGGCUCAAUUUGUCGGAAAAUCAUUUGGUUUGGUUUGAUUACGCUUUUGUGCCCAGCAAAUUGAAAUGGCUCGACGUUCAUGGUAAUUUUAUUGAACACUUGGGUAAUUACUAUAAACUCCAAGACCAAAUUCAGAUAACAACUUUAGACGUGAGUCACAAUCGUAUCGUGGAGAUAUCGCCAUUAGCGAUACCGCACAGCGUUGAACUGCUGUUCAUAAACAACAACCACAUAAACAACAUACAAGUUAACACGUUUAUGGACAAACACAACCUCACUCGGGUUGACAUUUACGCAAAUGAGAUAACUCAUUUAGAUAUAAACAGCCUGCGCCUGUCUCCCGUACCCUUGAACAAGUCUCUGCCCGAGUUCUACAUCGGAGGAAAUCCGUUUAACUGCGAUUGCUCGAUGGAAUGGUUGCCUUUGAUAAACAAUAUGACCGCUAUGAGACAGCAUCCGAGAAUUAUGGAUCUUGAGAAUGUGUUGUGCAAAAUGACGCACACGAGAGGAGUAACUCAUAUACCGCUCGGUAACUUGGAGUCCACGGAUUUCUUAUGCACGUAUGAAACACAUUGUUUUACAUUGUGCCGUUGUUGUGAUUAUGUGGCGUGUGAUUGCCAAAUGACAUGCCCGUAUAAUUGCUCCUGUUAUCACGAUCCCACGUGGAACAAAAACGUAGUCGAUUGUUCCAGCCAGCGGGCUAUUGAAAUACCGGAAAAAAUACCGAUGGACGCCACCGAGGUCUACUUGGACGGGAACGAUUUUAAAAUACUGCAAAAUUAUGCAUUCAUCGGGCGAAAAAAUAUGAGAUCGCUUUAUGUAAAUUCAAGCGAAGUUGAAAACAUACAGAAUAAAACAUUCGCCGGUCUAUCCUCGCUCAUUACACUACAUCUUGGUAACAAUAAACUAAAACAUUUAAACGGCUAUGAGUUCGAACAUCUGACCCAACUUAACGAGCUGUAUUUGCAAGACAACUUUAUAAGCCAUAUAGCAAACUCAACGUUUUCUUUACUAUACUCAUUGAGAGUCCUCAGAUUGGACGGCAACAGACUGGUCGACUUCUCUGUUUGGAGUCUAAACACAAACAUACACCUAACCGCUCUCUCUUUGGGAAACAACAUGUGGUCAUGCAAAUGUAGAUAUUUGCAAAGAUUCACGUCGUUUAUAUCCGAAAACGUACAUAAAAUAGUAGAUAUAUCAGACGUAUGGUGUUGGAACCCCGAUCCUAAAACUACACAAAAGAAAGAGCUCAACCUGAAUGGCACAAUUUGCAGCGACUAUUACGCGGGAGAUUCUGUUAUAGAUAACAUGUUGGUCUCAAAUUACAUGCCUAUGAUGGUGACUACGCUCUCCGGAUUCAUGUUGAUUAUGCUUGUCAUCCUUGUGAUUUUCUUAUUCAGAGACACGAUUCGUAUAUGGCUGUAUACGAGCUGCGGCGUCAGAUUGUUUCCAUUCACUGGAGCGUACGACGACACUGAUAAAUUAUACGAUGCUUAUGUGUGCUACAGCCCUAAGGAUGAUGACUUUGUUAUUCAAACAUUAGCCGCUGAGUUGGAAAAUGGAAGUCCUUCGUACCACCUUUGUUUGCAUCACAGAGACAUACCGCAGCAUAAUGUCGCUUACAUGCAGUGCACGUUGCCGCUACCCGAGGCCGCGGAAGCAUCCAAGCGCAUUAUACUCGUAUUAACGAGAAAUUUUAUUGAAACAGAGUGGUCACGUUUCGAGUUUCGACAAGCAUUACACGAAAUCCUCAAAUCUCGAAUUUACACUUUAGUUAUAAUAGAAGAGAGUUCAGUGUUGCCCGAGGCGGAGUGCGAUCCCGAUCUGAGGCCGUAUUUGAAAACGAGCUCGAGGAUAAGAUGGGGCCAAAAUAAAUUCUGGGACAAACUGCGAUAUGCGAUGCCGGAUCGGAAAUGCAAAUCCAAAUCGGCCGCGUAUAGAAAUAACAUAAAUUCCUAUACGAUGAGAAGCGGUAUGCAGAAUGGGACGAUGCGAUCUUUUUCUUUUACUGAGAAAAUGAGAGGAUCGGCCGACGGUGUGAGUACUAGUCCCGAGUUUGUUGAGAGCCGUCCGCAGCAGGUUCACACCGGGUACGGACACGAGGGAAGGCCUCCCUCGGACCACAUCUACUCGUCGAUAGACUCGGAUUACUCGUCGCUGGAGUUGGGCGCAAACAAUCCGAACAGGAGGCGAGAGUUCCGGCACUGGCCACCUCCGCCGCCGCUGAUCGAUACGCAAUCCUCGGGUCAAUCUUACCUCGUCUAGUCUAUGUGCUUCUCACGAACUCAUUCAUAAAUCAUUUAGUCAAAGCUUCAUGUGAAUAUUGAACGCAACGCGCGCUUUACCAAAUAAUUAAGAUUGUAUUCUAUUUUUAUAAUUUCCCGCCGUUACAAAGGGCGUUUCGUAAAUUUGGUGUAAAUACAUUCUAUAAGACUGCUGUAGAAAUAUUGUGAAUUUGUAUAUAAUGUGUAAAUAAAUGUCCAUAUAAGUCACGAGUAUACUAUUUAUGUACUUUAAUAAAGCCAUUGUGAUAAUUUUUGCAUAA